UGUCUGGGGGACCCCGGACGGCCCCGCCGCGCCGGGCAGGGGGAGUCUGCGCCCCUGCGCUCCCCGCCCGCUCCGGCGCUGCGCUCUGGCCGCUGCGCCUCCGCCCGCGGGUUUUCCGCGGCCGCCGGGGCGGGCAGGGCCGGGGGUGGGGCCUGCGGCUAUUUCAGGCGGCGCCGUGCGGGACCCGGAGCGCGGCGGCCGGAUCUGGAUGCAGCACACGCCAGGGGAUGCUGAAGAUAAUGACCUUCCUCCGAGACCCUCUCGGCCAGCAGUCUGUGCCAGGAGUCCUCGACUUCCUGGGGAGCCCCCAGAAGCUGCGCUCUACCUCCGAAGCCUCCAUGUCUGAGGCCUCCUCCGGCGACCUGGUGCCCCAGGACAAGGAGGAGGAGCGGACAGCCAAGAAGAAGCCCAAAACGCUGGCCAGCAUGUUCAGCGUGUUCACCAAAGGGAAGAAGAAGAAGAAGCAGGGCCAGUCCAGCUCCGCCGAGUCCACCGGCCAGGCCAGGCCAGGGUUGCAGGGACCCCCGCCCACGGUGGAGGAGCUGAAGGCGACGCUGGAGCACGGGCAGCUGGAAGCGGCGUGGCCACUGCUGGAGCUGGAGAGAGAGCUGCAGGCGGCGGCGGCUGCGGGCGGCACGAGCGCCGAGGAGCUGGUGCGGCGCCAGAGCAAGGUGGAGGCCCUGUACGUGCUGCUGCGGGACCAGGUGCUGGGUGUGCUGCGGCGGCCGCUGGAUGUGCCGGCCGAGCGGCUGCGCCUGGCGCUGGCCGUGCUGGCCGAGCAGGAGCGCGAGGACGCACAGGUGGCGGCAGAGCCUGCGCCCGGGGCGGCGGCCCUGGCGCCCACGCGCCCACGCGGCUGGCUGCAGCUGUGGCGGCGCGGCGUGGCCGAGGUGGCAGCCGAGCGCCUGGGCCAGAGGCCGGCCGCGGGCAGCACCGACGGCCGCUCGGAGGCCGAGAGCGCCUUCCUGCACAUGGGCCGCACUAUGAAGGAGGACUUGGAGACUGUGGCCGAGCGCCUGAAGCCGCUGUUCCCCGCCGAGUUGGGCGUCAUGGCCACCUACGCCCGGUGCUACCACGAGCACUUCGCUGCCCACCUGGCUGCCCUGACAGAGUUCGAGCUGUGUGAGCGGGACACCUACAUGCUGCUGGUCUGGGUGCAAAACUUCUAUCCUAACGAUAUCCUGAGCAGCCCCAAGCUGGCAGGUGAGCUGCAGGGGCUGCAGCUGGGCAGCCUCCUGCCCCCGAGGCAGAUCCAGGUGCUGGAGACCGCUUUCCUGUCCAACGAGGUGGCCAACAUAAAGGAGCUAAUGGCCCGCGCCCUGGAGGUGGAGUCGCAGCGCUGGGCCGAGGGUGCGGCCCCCCAGAGGCUGGACGGCCGCUGCCACAGCGAGCUGGCCAUCGACGUCCUCCAGAUCGUCUCCCAAGGCCAGACCAAGGCCGAGAGGAUCACCCCUGAGCUGGGCUCAGUGAUGAAGCAGAUACUGCUGGCGGAGCUGACCAACUUCCUGCAGAGCUACCAGGCCAGCUUUAAUGACUUUCUGGAGCAAGGCAGACAGCUGGGAAAUUACAGGGCCAAUGUCAUGGCCAACAUCAACAACUGCUUGUCCUUCCGGACAUCCAUGGAACAAAACUGGCAGAUCCCACGGGACCCCCCAAGCCACCUGCUGGCCCCCCUGAACGAGCUCAAGAGCCGUGGCUUUAACGCACUGCUCCAGACACUGUUCUUGGAACUAAAGCCGCUGUUCAAAAGGCUCACACAGACGCGCUGGGCGGCCGCAGAGGAGAUCUUGGAGGCGAUCCUCGGCUCCAUGGUGGGCAGACUGCCUGAGUUCUUGGAGCUACACGACUGCUUCCGGGAGGAGCUCAUGGAGACUGUCCACCUGCACCUGGUGAAGGAGUACAUCACUCGUCUAUGCAAGCGGCGCCUGGUGUUGAAGACGGCCGAGCAGCAGCAGCAGCUGGCCAGGCACGUGCUGGCCAAUGCCGAGCUCAUCCACGGCUUCUGCACUCAGAACGGUUCCCCUGCAGCCUGGCUGCAUCACGCCCUGCCAACCCUAGCUGAGAUCAUUCGCCUGCAAGACCCCAGUGCCAUCAAGAUUGAGGUGGCCAUGUAUGCCACCUGGUACCCCGACUUCAGCAAGGGCCACCUGAGCGCCAUCCUGGCCAUCAAGGGGAAUCUGUCUAGCAGUGAGGCCAGGAGCAUCCGGAACAUUCUGGACGUCAACACGGGGGUGCAGGAAUCCUCCAGGUCCUUGUUCUCAUUGAUAAAUGUUGGUUAGCUCAGCCUGCCCCGACCGAGCACAGAGCAGGCUGCUCUGGAAGCCGUCCACACCGACACUGCCCCCACAACCCCUUUUGGCCAACACACAGGCGCUGGAAUUAGACAGACCUCUGGUGGAGCAAGGGCACCCAUUAAGGGGUGCCCCCAAGGUGAUGCCCAAAAAAGUCCUUCUAGAACCACAGUUGGUGGAGUGUGCAUGGGACUGAACCAAGAGGGAGGGUGUGGCCAGGACCCUCACACAAUUAGCCUCACCACCAUCCCUCUCGUGGGUGGUCCUCAGCGUCCCCUCCAGAUCCCCGGAGCCAAGAACCAAGCAUCGCCCUCCCUGUUUCCCUCAGGCUGUGUGCAUGGCUUGAAACGGGCUCUGCAGGUCUGGAGUCAAAGA